AUGGCACCCAAGCAGCCCGUCGCCGGCCCGUCCAAGCCACGAGCUUCGGUCAAUGCUCCCGCCCAAUCCCCUCCCCCACCUUCGGCACUCUCCGCCUUCUCCCCUUCCGGCUCCCUCUUUGCCCUCGCCCACCCCGCUCUUGGCUCCGCCGACAAGCUCACCAUCUGGGACGUCGAGGAGGACAAGGUGGUCACCGAGUGGGAGAUUGAGGGCGCUAGCAAGGCGUCUUCGGUCUGCUGGGUCAGCACCUCGUCCGCGGGGUCACACGGCAAAAAGAAGAGAAAGAAGAAUGAUGGCGAGGUCGAGGAUGUGGUAGUCGUUACGACUACCAAGGGGCAGUUGUUCUCCUUCUCCCCUUCUCGCGGUGUUCAGCGCAGGCUGGACCUCCCUUCUCCCGCUCUCGCCUCGGCUGCAAGCGAGCAAGGUCUCGUCCUUGUCUCCACUACGUCCCUCCACCUCAUCUCUUCGGACCUCUCCUCCCUCACCGCUUCCAUCCCUCUUCUACCCAACACCGCCUCGCCUACUGCCCUCGCCGUCCUUUCCUCGUCCACUGCCGAGUCGAUACACCUCGUCAUCGCAUCCUCCUCCGCGACCGUCCUCCACGUCGACCUGGCAACACACAAGAUUACUGAGUCGUCCUCGUCCAUUCCGGUAUCCACCUCAUCUGUCACCUCCCUUAUCCCCCUUCCAACCUCUUCGCAGGGCACCUCCUUCCUCGUCAUCUCGGACGACGACCGGACAGUCUCCCAAUACACCAUCCCCUCCGGCAACAAGGCACGCCUGUCGUACCGGUACGCCUCGCCCACCCUCUCGCCCGCGCACUCAGCAUCACUACACGCAUCCUACCUGUCCAUCCUGCACAAGUCGGGCGAAAUAUCCCUCUUCCCCCUUCCUACCACACUCGACCUCAACCGCCCCAAAUCAGAUAGCAAGCCCAGCGCUGUCCGCUUUCUCGAAGGCAAGACGGAACGCCAAGCGCGUAUAUGUCGCGCUGGCUUCUCAUCCACCGAAGGCGAGAACAGCAUCGUCGCUGGUCAUAUGCUCGGUGCGGGUCGGAUCAGAUGGUCUCGUGCCGCCUUUAUUGGUGCGGACGGGUCCCUCCUCCCAGAGGUCCGGGUGAGGUGCGACGGGCAAGACCUCGUAGCCAAGGCGGAUAAGAAUGCUGGGUCAUUACAGCGCUUCUCGGCGCCGGCGGCAACGACCGAACUCCCCUCUACCGACUCGGCGGCCGCCACUACCCUCCCGACCGACGUCGACAUGGCCGACCUCUCCCUCGGUGAGCGUCUCCUCGCUAUGCCGAACGGGACAGGUACUGCCGAGCUCCCCAACGGGGUCGAUGCCAAGUCCAAGGCCGCACCCACUCUGGACGGACCCGUCAAUGCCCAAUCCCUCACUCGGCUUCUCGUCCAGGCUCUCCACACUUCCGACCCUGCCCUACUCUCCCUUUGCCUGUCACAUCGCGAUCCCGUCCUUAUUCGGAAUACCAUCCGGAAGAUGCCCGCUCAGCUCGCUCUGCCUCUUCUUAAAGCGUGCGUCGAGCGCCUGGGACAGGGCAAGGGCGCGAAUAAACGCGGUGGAGGCAGAGGUGCGGGGCAGAACGAGCAGCAAGGAAGGGGAACGGUAGAGUGGGUUAAGGGGGUGUUGGUAGAGCGUGGUGCUAUCCUCAUGACUAUGCCAUCCCUCCCUGCCCAGCUCUCCUCCCUCUCGCGCCUCCUCGACACCCGUCUGCAGUUGUACCAACCCCUCCUCUCCCUCUCUGGCCGGCUCGACCUCGCCCUCGCCCAAAUCUCGAUGCGCCGGAUCGCGCUCGAACAGGCCAAUUCCGCCAAACAAGGCGAAGACCAGGGCGCGCACUAUAUCGAGGGCGAGUCGGACGAUGAGGAGGUGGAAGUGGAGAUGGGGGAUGGGGAGGGGGAGGUGGAGGAUGUGGAUAUGCGCUUGAAUGGGAGCGAUAGUGAGGAGGAUGAGGAUAGUAGUGAUGAGGAGGAAAGCGGGAGUGAGGAUGAGGAUGAUGAUGAGGAUGACGAAGAGGAAGAUCCGUUAGAGUCGGACGAUGGGGGGUUGUUGGAGCUGGAGGCGGAGGAGAGUGAGGAUGAAGGGAGUGGGGAGAGCAGUGAGGAGGAUUAG